GAGCGGAAACCCCACAGUCAUCAACUUCCGAUGUCAGGGGCUACCUGGGAGACGGAGCAGAAAAAGCGGGCAUAGCGAAACCUUUAUUGUUUUGUAUAACGUUUAAAUUUCUGAAGGCACUAAUUUCUGGCUUACAAAGUCAAAUAACUUCAAUUUAUACGUCUGUGACCCUUUGGGACUUGCAUCUAGCUCGGGAAAGUGUCUCAUUCAUUCGUCCGUAGUGUGUGUUGCAGCAGGCCUAUUCUUCUGGACUUUGCUACAAGCUAGUCGGCUAACGUUAGCAGGCUAACGAGCACGUUUUUCUUUCUCAAUCAUUCAUGUCUGUUACGUUGUAAAAUACACACCACUACGUUUUAUGCGUGUGUUGGUUAUUCAUUUUUGGUAAAUCCGUCGUGAAAUUAUCCGCUCGUCAAAGCUAAUUCGUCGAAGCUAUUUCAAGCUAACCGCUUGUGUUUAAAAGUAUAGCUCACUUUGUUGCUAGCUGAAGCUAGCCACCGCCGACUGAACAACGCAGUCCCAGAGAGCGUAACAGGCUUCCACCCAGAGAUGUCGGACUACGACGAGUUUGAGAGACAGCUGUCUGAAAACAAGCAAGCGGAAAGGGACAAAGAGAACCGCCACCACCGCCGCUCCUCGUCCCGCAGCCGCAGCAGAGAGAGGAAACGGAGGAGCAGAGACAGGGACAGACGCAGCAGGGACCGCCGUGGAGACAGUAAGGAGCGAAGACACAGGCGCAGCUCACCAUCCAGCUACCCCCAAGACAAAGCUGGAAGCCGUUCUCCUCAUCGUGAGAAGAAGAAGAAGGUGAAGAAGUACUGGGAUGUUCCUCCACCGGGUUUUGAACAUAUCACUCCCAUGCAGUACAAAGCCAUGCAAGCGGCCGGACAGAUCCCAGCCACUGCCCUGCUGCCCACCAUGACCCCAGAUGGCCUGGCUGUUACUCCCACUCCGGUGCCUGUGGUGGGCAGUCAGAUGACCCGGCAGGCUCGCCGCCUCUAUGUGGGCAACAUCCCAUUUGGCAUCACAGAGGAAUCUAUGAUGGACUUUUUUAAUGCUCAGAUGCGCUUGGGGGGUCUGACUCAGGCCCCUGGGAAUCCUGUGCUCGCAGUACAGAUCAACCAGGAUAAGAACUUUGCCUUCCUGGAGUUCCGUUCGGUGGAUGAAACAACACAGGCGAUGGCCUUUGAUGGCAUCAUCUUUCAAGGCCAGAGCCUGAAAAUCCGCCGCCCGCACGAUUACCAGCCCCUGCCUGGCAUGAGCGAGAACCCCAGUGUCUAUGUGCCGGGUACACAGACAAUUAAUGGUGUGGUGUCCACAGUGGUGCCAGAUUCGGCUCACAAGCUCUUUAUAGGUGGUUUGCCGAACUACCUGAAUGAUGACCAGGUGAAGGAAUUGUUGACAUCAUUUGGGCCGCUGAAGGCCUUUAAUCUGGUGAAAGACAGCGCCACAGGCCUGUCUAAAGGAUACGCUUUCUGUGAAUAUGUUGACGUCAACUUGAAUGAUCAGGCUAUCGCCGGGCUGAACGGCAUGCAGCUGGGAGACAAGAAGCUCCUGGUGCAGAGAGCCAGCGUGGGCUCCAAGAACGCCACUCUGACAACCAUAAACCAGACGCCUGUGACGCUGCAGGUACCGGGUCUGAACAGCUCUGUGACUCAGAUGGGCGGCCUGCCCACUGAAGUGCUGUGUCUGAUGAACAUGGUGGCCCCAGAGGAGCUCCUGGAUGACGAGGAAUAUGAGGAGAUUGUGGAAGACGUGAGGGAGGAGUGCAGCAAGUACGGCCAAGUGAAGAGCAUCGAGAUACCUCGCCCUGUGGACGGCCUGGAGGUUCCCGGGACCGGCAAGAUCUUUGUGGAGUUUACUUCAGUUUUUGACUCCCAGAAGGCCAUGCAGGGGCUGACAGGAAGGAAGUUUGCCAACAGGGUGGUCGUGACAAAAUACUGCGAUCCAGAUGCUUAUCACCGCCGGGACUUCUGGUAGAUGGGGUAGUGGGUAACUGCUGGGAGGGGAGGGGGGGAGGAAGGAAUGGUAAUGUUCUGUAAAUUGCCCGUUUCCAGACCAGCCCUGGGAGUAAUUCGGUUGAGCAACAUUUCAGGUAGAUCUUUGACUUUUAAUCAUUUGACGAAUGGCUUCUGUGAUAUCCAGUUUAUUGUUUCAGAUCUACAUGACAUGUCCAGCUG